GACGAAGCCAGCCAUCAUGGACGAGGAGCUCUCGGAACUCGAAAGCGGGGCGGUGAUGAGAGACCACACCCUGGAUAUGAUGAACUUUUGCUAUCUCGACCUGCUGGACCAGUCGUCGCUGAAGGGCGAACGGCAGCAGGUGGCCAUGGACACGGGCGCUGAUUGGUUGCCUGACACCACCUCGCUGCUGCCGACGGCAUCGGAAUGGAGCUUACCUCUGCGGCGAAGCCUCUGCCUCAAUGAGACUCCUGGCGACAAUCAGCGAGUGACCGAUAAACAAGGCGACAGCGCGGUCACGGAUAGCAAGUCCGGCGAGUUGAAGGCCACCGACGGAUGGCGAUCCUUCCUGAGCAAGGCAACCCGGCCUUUGGUCCUCGUCUCCAUCCUGCUGGCUGUGGCCAUCGCGAUCGCGUUCGCGUAUGCGAUCGUUACCGCCGCCCGCCUGGCUCCCCAUCGCGCGAAGCGGGGCCUGGCGCGGUCAUUCAACGACACGGAUGCCGCUUUGGGCUAAAUAAUGCACACCAAUGCGCAUUACAUUUUUUUGUUCGAAUUAUA